GUCAUAGCAUAUUGACCCUCACAUCUUGAUUAUCAUUAUAGCCUUUAUAUUUAACUGCAAGUCUUCCAAGGCUCUGAUUUUCUGAGCCAUUGAAAAUGGGCGCCAAUGGUUCAAAGCCAGUCGAUCGUAGCCAGAGAGUCAAGGUCAUUGGCGCCGGCUAUCCUCGAACGGGCACAACCACACUCGUCCUUGCUUGUGAGAAGCUACUCAACGGCCAAGGUCUCCAUGGAGGAUCUCAUGGGCUAGCUCGUGAAGACGAGUAUAACAGGAAAUGUUACGAGCUCUACAAGUAUCGACACGAUAAACCCCGCGUGCUACAACUGUUGAAAGAGCUUACAGAGGGGUUUGUUGUUACAAGCGACAUUCCCUUUUUCAGUUUCGUGCCUGAAUUAUGCGAGCUGUAUCCCGAUGCGCAGGUGAUUUAUGUAAAGAGAGAUCCAAAAACCUGGUGGAGGAGUAUGGGGGCCGUCGCGAGUAAUGCACAGACCAAAUUUUUAUCCAUGCUAUUCUGGCCGGUUCCCGGUUGGAGAUGGAGCAUAGGCAUCCCAAAUCCCGGUAACACUGCAACAUUGGCUUUCUUUCGAACACAAGAAAUGUAUACUGACAACGACUUAGAAUCAAUGGAACGCCAUAUGCAGUCAGUAAUUGACAGUGUCCCCAAGGAUCGACUUCAUAUUGUACGACUGGAGGACGGAUGGGCGCCAUUAUGCAAGAUUCUCGACUGCCCUAUCCCAAACGAACCGUUCCCCAAAGCUAAUGAUGCCGAAAACGCUGAACAAAUAUUUCUGAACAUGGUAAAACGCUCUCUCACCAUCUGGCUGUACUACAUCUUGGCAGGGACUUGCUUGGCAGGCAGCGGUUGGUGGCUCUGGAAAAGUUUUGGUCACCGAGUAUGAACCACUUAAUUGCUGGUCGUGAAGGAGGAUGACUUGAUGAGUUUGGAUAAUUAAUCUACCGUCAUGGUGAAGGGACGCGCUACCCCGAUGAUGAGAGUGAAGAGGUCCUUUAAUCGUUUCUUUAUUGAUAAUCCUUUGUGUUUUAUCAUAAGAUUAGAUACCUUACAAUUAUAAUGUGUAUUUAACUCAUCUGGUCGUCAAUUCAGUACCUCCA